AUCUGAGUGCAACCAAUUCAUAUUUGCAGUGCAAAGGCCUGGAACCUCCUGCCUGGUGUCAAGUAUUGUAAUGAUGAACAAUUUAUUUUCAUCAUUUGACAAAGCAUGGAUGUCCAUGCAUUCGUAGAAGGGAAAAACUGGUCAACCAAAGCAAAUAGUUAAGGUCAAUUUUUGUUUCUCUUGCAGUUUACUCUUUUUUUUUCCCCAUUGUCAAAUAGCUGUUUUUCAUAAGAAAAUGAGGCCUCUGGAAGCUACCCACGGUGCCCUGGCUCCCCCUCCUUAUAAGAAAUCAACAAGCAAUGUUUCAGAUGAGGAUAAAGAUUCAAAGGAUGCAUCCGUUCGAUAUCUGCCCUUGUACAAAGCUGUGGAUAGCGGGGAUUUGGAAGCUACCAAGAAAUUCCUUGACCAACAUCCGGAUGCACUGUACGCUAGCCUUUCCACAGAUGGAGACACAGCCCUUCACAUUGCGGUCCUAGCUGGCUAUGUAGAGGUUGUUGAGGAGUUGGUAGGGCGCAUGUCUGCACCAGAAAUAGUAGUUAAACAGAAAUAUGGUUCAACAGCCCUUGAUUUCGCUGCCAUUGGAGGAGCACCGGAGAUUGCUGAAUUAUUGGUGAAUAAGAAUAGAGACUUGCUUAAAAUUCCGAAUGAUCAUGAUCAGAUCCCCGUUGUUGUGGCUGCUCUCUAUGGACAUAGAGAUUUGGUGCAGUAUCUUUACUUGGAGACUCCGAUAGAAGAGCUUGAUCCUAGUAAAAAUCAUGGAGCUAUUCUGCUUACUGCGUGUAUCAUUGACGAAUUUUAUGAUAUUGCUUUGGAUCUACUCAAGCGCUACCCGCUGUUGGCAAUUGCUGAAGACACAGAUAAAGACACAGCCCUGCAUAUUUUGGCUCAAAAACCAUCUGCAUUCCCAAGUGGAACUCAACUUGCAUUUUGGCAACGGUGGAUAUAUAAAUGCAUUCAUUUACGUCAACAAAAGGCCUCUCUCAACGCAUCUGGAGAUAUUGAAAGGCCUCAUGAAGGUCCAACUCAUCGAAGGAGCUUGACUAACCAAGCACUUCACCAACUAUCAGAAAUAUUCUGGAAAGGCUUGAAACUUUGUGUCCCAGGAGUUACAAGCAUAUAUGAGUUAAAGCUGACACAUCUUCAAGCCAAAGAGCUUCUAACUUGCAUUUGCCGAGAGGUAUCAAAUUUAGAAGACGAGCACAAAUUGGAAGCUCUGAUAAAAAAAGCACUAUUUGAAGCUGUUAAGCAUGGGAUGGUCGAGUUUGUCACAGAGAUCAUGAAACAUUAUCCUGAAGUGAUAUGGUUCUAUGAUGAAAAAGACAGGAACAUAUUUUUUGUUGCAACCGCUGAACGCCAAGAAAAGAUUUUCAGCCUUAUAUAUAAAAUUGGUGCUAAGAAGGAAUCCCUGGCAACUCAUUGGGAUAAGGAUUUUAACAACAUGUUACACCAGGCUGCGUUCUUAUCCCCUUCCUCUCAGCUUGAUCGUGUUUCAGGUGCAGCUCUACAGAUGCAAAGGGAGCUUCAAUGGUUUAAGGAGGUGGAGAGUAUUGUGCAACCCAAGUAUAAGGAGAUGAUGAACAAACAUUAUAAAACACCCCGACUUUUGUUCACGGAUCAACAUAAGAUAUUAGUAGAACAAGGGGAGCAAUGGACCAAGGAAACUGCUGAAUCUUGCACAGUUGUUACUGCUCUAAUCGUCACCAUUAUGUUUUCAGCAGUAUUUACAGUGCCUGGUGGAUAUUAUAAUGACACUGGCGUCCCACUCUACUUGCAUCGAAAUUCCUUCAUGAUUUUCAUAAUAUCUGAUGCAUUAUCACUUUUCACUUCCACAACUUCAUUGCUGAUGUUCUUAGGAAUCCUGACAUCUCGGUACAGGGAAGAAGAUUUCCUCCAGACUGUGCCUACAAAAUUGAUCCUUGGGCUUUCUAUGCUUUUCUUCUCCAUAGCAACUAUGAUGAUAACCUUUGGAGUGGCCUUGUUCAUAGUUCUCUAUGAAAGAAUAGCAUGGGUUUUAUUUCCAAUUAUUUUGCUUGCUAGCCUGCCGGUUACCCUUUUCGCCCUGCUGCAAUUCCCUCUCCUUGUUGAGAUUUUCAUUUCUACUUAUGGACCUGGAAUCUUUGACAAACCAAAGAAGCCCUGGUGUAGAUCAGGUUCUAGCCGCUCUUCAACACGUUGCAUUCGUUAGCUCAGAGCCGCUUACUGCCUCAGUAUGACUACCAAGCAACAGGAUU